GUGACUAGCAAAUUGUCUAUGAAAUAUGGAUUCGAGUAAUCACAAUGAGGGUGCGGACGGGGUUCCCCGGAAAGCCGAUCACCUUUGUGUCUUGAUCCAUGGGUAAGGACAUCGGAUCGAGUCGACCACCACAUCUGCUAACAGAUACUAUGACAGAUUCUGGGGUAACCCCUCUCAUAUGGACCACCUCGCAGCGUCACUGCGACAGCGAUACAGUGAGGACCGCCUCCACGUUCUAGUCACAGAGCGCAACAUUGGAAAUCUCACGUACGAUGGGACCGAAGUCGGCGGCGAGCGAGUGGCCCACGAGAUUGAAGAAACGCUGAAUGCAUUAGCCGACAAAGGAUGUCCUAUCCGUAAAUUGAGUAUCGUCGGGUACUCGUUCGGAGGCCUGCUGGCUAGAUAUGCAAUAGGAUUACUCGACGCACGAGGGUGGUUCGACAAGCUCGAGCCAGUCAAUUUUACAACCUUCGCGUCGCCGCAUGUUGGCGUGCGGAUCCCCCGAAAGGGCGUCUGGGGCUAUAUCUGGAAUAACGUAGGGCCCCGCCAGGGGUCUAUAUCCGCGCAGCAGCUGUUCUUGGUUGAUUCUUUUGGGGACUCGGGGCGACCGCUGCUUAGCAUUUUGGCGGAUCCGGAUAGUAUCUUCGUGCGGGCUCUGGCGAAGUUCAAGAAUCGCAGCCUUUAUGGGAAUGUUGUCAAUGAUCGCACUACCAUCUUCUAUACUACCAUGCUUUCGAUGGUGGAUCCCUUUCGUGAUCUGGGCGACGCGCAGGUUAACUAUGCCAAGGGGUAUGAGCCUGUUGUGAUCGACCCAGAUAUGUACUUUCUGCCUUCGGCGGAGCUGAAAGAGACUUUGCCAUUGGGAUCGCGUGUAUGGGGGCAAAUAACGAGAAUUUUCACCACGGCCUUGUUCUGGGCCUUUGUUGUUCUUUUCUUAUCCAUCAUCCUCCCUCUUUUCUUCCUGCACUCGAUCUCCCAGUGGUCCCACAGUCGAGAACGAGUCCGGCUACACGAGGAAGGAGAGAGCGCAACGCUCUUCAGACAAUACCGGUUGCCUCACGUCAUGGUAAAGGAAAUGCAAAGCGCCAUAGAAGAAGCCUACGAGGACAUCGGGUUCAGCCAGGACCCCGAAUACCUCUCCACCACAAGCAAAAGCAGUCCAGCAGAUUCAAUCAGGCGACGAAACUCCCCCAGCCUGAAAGCUAAAGAAGCUGCAGAGCACAAACCCAGCUCCUCAAUCACCAUCCAGGAAGCUUCCCCUCAAACACCAAAGCAUGACCAACCAAACAGCGCCCGCGAAGCAACAACAGAUGAUGCCAUCAGCAAGAAGAGCCGAGCAUAUCCCACCCUCGCCCUGACGCCAGCCCAGAUCGCCAUAAUCGAGUCGCUCAACGCCGUGGGAUUCCGCAAAUACCCGGUCUACAUCCAUAACCACCGACAUAGCCAUGCAGCGAUCAUCGUGCGGGCAGCUAAGCCGGGCUUUGAUGAAGGCAAAAUAAUCACCAAGCAUUGGCUCGAUACUGAAUUUCAGAUCUAAACGGGGACCCAUCGAAAAUGCGGGGUGCGGAAAUAGUCGCAUAACUGCACCCCAUCGAGUCCUCGUAUAGGAAACAUCGACUGAGUACACGGUUACUAAUAAGCGUUCUGAAUGGAUCGGCCCCCCCGCGCGCCCACGACGACGCCGGUGCGUGUCCGCUUCUCGGCAUGAGGGGUCAAUGGUUCAUCCCCGACAAUAUUAACCUGCUUUAUACGUUACUAGUAGAGCAUAUCCAUGGUUCUCUAUAUCCAAGCAAAAGGCGC